AUGCCUGACAAAGAUUCGCCUAUGGUUUCUCACGGCCGCGGAGGCCAGGGAAACAUCGGCCAUGACACCACCGAAUACGUUGAUGGCGAGAUCGUCCGCGAAGGCGUCUACGGCGACCAGGGCGACGGCGCUUACUCUGCCGGUCGCGGCGGCGCAGGAAAUAUCGGAUCGCCCAUGGUGCGCCCAACCUCCAAGGUUCCCCACGACGCGGAGAUGAUCCCGGAACUUGCGGUGCGCAACUCUUCCGACGAGAACUACCAUAUCGGGCGUGGCGGCCAGGGCAACGUCCAUAUCGACGAGGCAACGCUUAAGGAGAAGGAGAAGAAGUCCAAGGUUGCGCAUGAGGGCUUGGCGGAUAAGCUGAAGCACAAGUUGCUUGGACGGAAGUAA